CAGGCUCAAAUCCAAGGGAGAUGAACAAGGCGCCAUCUUUCGUGCGUUUCUCCCUCCAACGAUGAGAAAAUUAUCUCGAAAUCGGUGGUCUGUUUCACCUCCAAUCUGUAAAUAAAGGCGUAAAUGAACAGAAGUCGUAUCUGAAGUAAAAAUCGAUUCAUAACGUGCAUCAAAAAUGUAUAUUUGCUUGCAAUAAUACAGUGAGGCGGACAGCAGCAGUAAGGUGUUUUCUAGUAUCGCCCAUUUCGUGAUUCCGGAGCCGAUAUCGAAAAAGGUUCCUGAAACUGGGGUGUAUUUUCACUAAGCGGACGCAGAUGUUGCCAAGGCAGCGGGCAUGCUUGACCAGACGUUUGAUUGUGUGCUUCGAUGACAUUUUUGUGAUAUUCAAGCCAAAGGUCGGUGGAAUAGUUGCCGAAAUUCCCUCGGAUCGCGCGCCCGUCACGUGGUCCAUUCAAUGCAAGUGAAUGGUGACCAAAACUUUGAAGCUCCAAAAAGUACAUAAAAGUAAUCCAUACAUCUCCAGUGGUUUAGUCCAUAUCUUCUGAAUGGAUCCCAUCAGUUUUGGGCUGUGUAGGUGGGCUGGAGUGAAGGUUUGGAGGUGCAGGCUGCCGUGCCCAUUCCUCGGCCCUGCAUGGCUGCAAUGGCGCCCGCUCUGACUGACGCCCCAGCCGAAGCCCGCCACAUUCGCUUUAAGCUUGCCUCUCCUUCAUCCAGCCUUUCACCCGGCAGCACAGAGAACAACAGCAACACCAGCAAUAUUCUCCUCUCUGACUCCAUCUCUGACUCUACUGGUAACCACAGCAACGGCAAGUGCCACGUCAACCCCGACGAAGGACAGAACUUUACCCACUACCACAGUGUCAAGGGUCAGGAGCAGAAUCCCCUGUCUAAAGCCCCAUCUCUGGGCAAACUGGCACCCUUCUUGUGCUCUGAUGUCACACCAGUGCCCUCCUCCAACAAGGUCAAGGGGUCGCUGAAACUGCAAGGUGUCCUCAUCAAGCAGUCGGUGCUGAAGAGCCACGGCCUGCUGAGCGGCUCCAUAUUCCCUAGCGCUGCUGCGGGCAGUGACUUCCUGCUGCACAAGCGACACGCCCUUGAGCUGACUGGAGGACAACUGAAGAGUCUUGUCAACAGAGGAGGAGCCGGGAGUACCAUGGUGCCUGUUAAUGGUUUCUUCAAGAAAGUUGCCAUGCCCAGUGCCGCUGUGGCUGAGAAAGGCUCCGUUGCCACUGUUAAUGGAGUCAGCAACCAGCCUUCUACCAAUGGAGAAGCUUUGUUAUCUGUGUCCUCAAAGUCUUUUGGUACCUUUACAACCUGUGGACAGAACGAAGAUGUGAAGCCACAACAGAAUUUGACACCUUGUGUUCAAGGUGUGUCAUCACAUAAGGAAAUGACUGCUUUGUCUGAAAGCCAAGAGGUUAAAGCGGAACCGGAGAUUCUCCUUGGAGGAUUGGUUGUUGAAACAAAUAGCAACGAUAUCGUUAGUAAGCACUGCUUUCAAAAUGGUCCCUCGCCCCUCAGCUCUUCCCCAGUUCCUGUUGACACCUCCCUCCCGACAACCAACUUGGAAGCUCUGUUCCGGGAUCGAGUUCAGCAAAGCCAAUACAGGCAGCUGGACAUUGAAGGCCGCCUGGUGCGUCUUCGCAAAUGCCUGCAAGUGGUGCAGGCCAAGCAGGUGGAGCGGCAUUUCAAACAGCAACUCUCUGGUUUUCUGGAUCGCACUCUGAACUCGUCAUCCACAGGCUCUGGUCGAAAAGUAGAGAGGUCAUGGAGAAGAUCUCGUGCCUCUACGGGUGCACAAGCUCAUAGUUUGGGCAGGUUUUUGAAAGGUGGCAGGGUGACCGCAGAACUGGAGCAACUGCAUCUCAGCGGCACCACACAUUUGCACGUGGCAGAGACUCAGUUUGAUUCGGACGCCACUGAGAGCAGCUCAGGUGGAGAGAGUGACAUCGAGGAAGAGGAGCUUGCCAGAGCUAAUGUUGACCAGUGUCAUAUUAAACUAUGGAGAAGAGCAGAAGGGCGGUUUGCACAGGAGAGAGCCUCAAUCAUUGGUCACUGGGCGUGGCUACAGACUCAGAUAUCAGAUCUGGAGUACCGCAUCAGACAGCAGGUCGACAUCUACCGCCAACUCCGUGCCAGCAAGGGUCCUGUGGAGCUUGGAGACUCCGCCCCUUCCUGCCAGAGAUUAAUUAACAUUAGGACUAAAGAGGAUGUCCUGACUACUCCGAUAUCCCAGAAUUCCACAGGACCCCAGUCUCAUUUGACAGACAGAUCGAAGAGCGGCAUCUCCAUUAGUAGCGUCACAGAAAUGUCAGACACAUGCUCUUCAAGUCCAGACAACAGUUUUACGGCUGCACGAAUACGCCCGCUGGUCAGCUGCAGCAGACGUCGUCUUAUCCACCCAAACACUUUCCACAAUCUCAACGGCAAGGUUCAGAGAGUGUCUUUCUCACCUCCACCAGCCUGUGACCUCAACUCCUCAUGUGUCAUGUGUGGAGGCGCUCAUCCCCUCUCCAAACUGGAUUUACCGUAUGAGUGCCCUCUGCUGGAGAGAGUUGCACAUCAAGACCGCAGCGUCCACCCUGUACUGUCCAUGCAAUCAGAUGUGGCUCUGAGCAUACAGCUGCAGAAGGUCUUGCGGUCUCAUUGGCAGACUCGUCACUUAGAGAGGAUCAAACCACUCAAGAAGAUCUCCCUGAAACAAAAGAUCUCCAUCAAACCGUCAUCUUCAUCAUCCUUCCUCUCCAAACACAAAUUCAGACUGUCAAACACGCAUGCGGCCGCAGUCCGAUUGGCCCGUCACAAGAUCAGGUCGGAGAGGCUGCACCGGCAGCAGGCGGAAAGCAUCUUAUGUGUCCCAAAACCAGACACACUCACGCCUUGCAGGGGGGAUCGUGCACUGGACCGGAGUCACAUCAGGAAGAGGGUCUGUGCGCACUCUCUGGACAGAGCAGACUCACCAAAAGUGGUGAUGGACGCUGGCAGUCCUUGUCCGUCUCUGUCAGGCCUUCACUCCUUCAACACCAGUCCCCUGAGUAGACAGCUGUCCCUCCCCGCUGAGAGCAGCACUCCUCUCGGCAACAGCAUGCCCAUACGGAGAAGGAGAGGCGAGAGCCCGUUUGAUAUCAACAACAUUGUCAUUCCCAUGUCAGUGGCCGCCACAACUAGAGUUGAGAAACUACAGUACAAAGAAAUUCUCACACCCAGUUGGAGGGAAGUGGACAUUUGUGCCCAGCCGCUGGCAGAGGACGACGAUAAUAACAUUCCGGUGGAGGACCUUUCAGAUGCUGUGUUCUCCAAACUACAUCAGUCAUAUGAGGAGCAUGAAAGCUCUCGCUGGAGAUGGACUGCUCUUACACCCGCCAAGAGGAGCGGCAGCAGGUCCUAUAAAUCCUUGGAUGGGCGAACAACACCAUCCAUAGCAGGAACGAACCCUUCCACACCCCAGCCCUCGUCCCCAGACACGGGUCACUUCCACCUGCUGCUGGACUACGGGCCCGUGCCGUCCCCCCUGAGCCCACCCAGCCCCGACACACCCUGCUCCCGUGACGCGCACACACCUUACACCAGAGACACACACAGACUGCCGUACAGCGAAGACACAUGCGGAUCCACUUCAGACUGCACCUUUGAAGAGAAGACGGUCCAGCCUUGGGAAUGUCGGAGUUUUCCCUUGCCUGAGGACCCGAUAGUGGAGUCAGAGACAGACAGAGAUCGGCCGAGUUUUCCUACAGGCCUCAGAGCCGCACAUUGUAGGAUGGAGUCAGAGAGUGACGCCUCCUCACCAUGACUAUAAACCUUUUUAAGCCCACCCACCUGCGGGAACGAACUUAAAACCACACCUCCUAUGGCAUUAACUGAAAAAAGAACUUGUACUAAUCAAAACAAAAUAAACAUUCUGUCGGACUUCUGUUGUUUGAUAUUCAAACAUCAGCCAGUUAUUAUUUUCACAGUUUUUAGUGAAUAUUACAGAACAUAGAAAGCUAAACCUGUCUUUUCUCACUGAUGAAAAAUGUAAACGAGAUGUAUGAAAGUUGUUUCCAUAAAUGUUCUCAUAGUCAGCUAAAUAUAUCAUUGGGGCUUAGUGUGGUAUUCUAACCUGUCAGGUGAACACUAUGUAGUGCACUGUGUAACAGACAUAAAGAGGGGUUGACUAAAGGGUGCCUCUCUGUUGACUAGUUAUAUAUGUAUGCUUGUGUUGUGAAGUGACCAAAACCUGACAGAAAUGCUUGCCCACAUUAUUUUAGUCAUGUAUUAAGCACCAAACAGAAAUAUUCUACUCUGAUGAAAAGCACUUCACAGGGCGUCAGUAUCUUUAUACUUGAUGUCUUUCUCUCUCUGCUCACUCUUCCUCCACCCUUCCUUCAUUCUGUCUUUCCUUUUGAAAUAUUUUCUGACCAGCAUAUGGAGUAUAGCUAUGUUAAUGAUCAUGACAUCAUGAAUCACAUGUCGAAUGGAAAAAUUAGUAGUAUUAGUAGUACAAAAACCUGUUAAAGUCAAGCCUUUAGUAUGCAGUAUUGUAGCUCCUACACCUCAACUCUUAAAUGUUUCAGACUAAUUCUGCAUCUUCUCUUGAUUGUACUUUGUUAUUCCUUUAAGGAGCUAGAGAUUUCAAUCAGGACCCCCCCCCCCCCACCCCCCACCCCACCCCCACCCUUCUCAGGUUAUAGUUCUAUGGAAACUUGUGUUGAUAUGAUGUCUUUUUCCUUUCAGUUUGUCAAUAUAUUUGACACUCUUUGUUUUGUUACCCCAUAUUAGUGUUCUGAUUCAGCCCUGUUGCCCCUUUUGAAAAUCUACUUGCUAUGCAAACCAAUAUUGUUGUGGCCCUGUCCUUUUCCUUUUUGUACAAUCACAAUGUCUUUCUCUUCAUAGCUACUUGAGACAGGUUUCAUUGCAAUUUGGACCGUUUCAGAACUUAACCUAAAUCAUUUGCUGAAAAAAAGAAAAACAAAUAACUCCCUUUUGUAAAUAGUAUGAUUAAAGUCAAAUCAUCUCU